AUGUUGGUAACUUAAUCUAAAAGCGUGUAAAUUUAAAAUAGUAUUUUCUAAAAUAACACAUGCCUAAAUGGAGGAGCCCUUUCUUUAAUUUAAUGCUCAAAUACAUUAAAAAUACAAAAUAGUAAAUUUUAAUAUAAUGAAGCUUUUGCAAGUGGAGGAGCUAUUUAUUUUGAAAAUGUAGAUGCACAAAUAUAAAUGGAUAGUUUAGUUUAAAUAAAUAAAAAUUAAGCUUUGAUAGGUGGAGGAAUAAGACUUUUAAACAAUAAACUAAAUUUACUUUAAUCUCUAAAUUUUAACUAUAAAAAUUUAAUUUUUGAUAACAGUGCAUAGUUAUAUGGAAAAAAUGUAGGAACUUUUUUAUAAAACGCAACUAUAGGAGUGAUAUAAGAUAUUUCUGCUUAAACUUCUGAUAUGAAUUAAUCAGAUCAAUAAAAAAUAGAUUACAAAAUAAUCAAGAAUGAAGAAAUGAAUAAAUCUGAUUAAUAAAAAUUUUAAUAAAUUCUAUAAAUUUUCAAAUUUUAAAGUGGUGGUACUAUUAAUCUAUCUAUUCAAUUGAUUGAUGCUGAAGGAACAUAUUUGAAGAUUGAAGUAUAAAAAUAUUAUUCUUAAUAAUAUCCUGAUCCAAUUAUGGAUGAACUGAGAUAAAUAUAAUUCAAAAUAUAAUCUUACACACAAAAUUAGGAUUUAUUUAUAAAUGGUCAUAAUAUUAUAACUUCCUCUGAUUUUUAUGAUUAAAAUAAUUAAUUUAUAUUUACAUAAAUUUAAAUUUCAAGUAUGCCAAACUAAACAGCAAGUUUACAAAUUAUACCAUACUACAUACCAGCAAAUAUUAACGUGCUUCCAAUUUAUAUAGAAAUUCAUAUGAGAAUAUGUUACCCUGGAGAAGUUGUCAGAUAGCUAGAAAAUAAUAUUUACAGUUGUUAUCCUUGUCCUUUAGGGUCUUAUUCAAUAACAGAUCCUACCAAAGAUUAACUUUGGUCUGAAAAGAUAUCAAAGACUGAAACUAACACAUUGAAUACUUAACCACAAGUGUAUCAAUCUGAGUGCAAAAAGUGUCCAGAUUCAGCUAUAAUUUGCUAAAAAAGUACAAUUAUUUUAAAAAAAGGUUAUUGGAGGAAUAAUAGUACCUCUACAGAUAUUGUUGAAUGUCCAAUAUUAUUUAAUGCAUGUGAUGAAUAAGAUUAAACAAGUAAAAAUGGUUGUCUUAGUGGUUAUAUGGGACCUAUUUGUAAAAUGUGUGAUCUAGGAGGAUAAUUAUGGAAAGGUUAACGUUUUUCUUAAUCUCAUCUUGGCUAAUCAAAAUGCUAAUUAUGUAGUGACAUAAAAUAUUUGGUAUUUACUAUAAUCCUAGCAAUUUUACUUUUAUUAUUUUAUUUCAUUUUCAGCAUGCAAAUUUUUUAUAAUUCAUUUGUCAAUUCUUGCAUCUGCUACUACUUAAGAAAAAUAAAUUUGAUUUCAAUUUCAAGUAACUCUAUCAAAGAUAAAUCAAGUGUCUAUAUGAAAAUAUUAGUUAAUUAUGUUAAAAUAUCUUCUACACUGGUGACUUUUUAGUUUAGCUUUUUACCAGAUUUACUUCUUUCUUUUUCAGAUUAUUUGGGUGAUCCUAUCAGUAAAAUUUCAGUUAAUAUUAGUUGCUUAAUAAGUUCAGAUUAUAUUAGACAAUUCAGUUAAGCUAAAAAGCUAAAAUUAUUCGGAAUUUAAAGAUAGAAUAAUCUCUAAAAGUGUAUUACUCUAUAUUACUUUGGAUACUAUUAUCAAGAAUUUAAAGAAAAGUUUUAUUACUGGGAAUUCAUUAGAAUUUACUUAAGAGUUAUUAUUAUUGUUGCUUUUACUCUGACCUCUUAAUCAUAAUUUAUUAGCUACUAAAUUGUGAUUUUCUUACUCUUCUUUUAUAUUAAAUUCACAUUGUACUUUAAUCCAAUAAGAAAUAAUAAUUUACAAAGAUUUGACCUUUUUUGUAACAAGAUGAUUAUUUUGAAUUCACUGCUAUCGAUAAUAAAUAUCGAUAUAAAAUCUGGUAUUAUAUCUGGAAUCAUUUACUCUUUGCAUUUUAUAGUCAUAUUUAUGACCAUUUUAAUUAUUAUCUUUUUUAAAUUAAACAAUCCUUUUACUUUUGUUGGAAGGUUUUUUAAUAAGUUCCUAUACAAAAUCCUCCCACGUAGUAUUUAUAAUAAAUAUAUAAAAAUCUACAGUUCAAAUUGGUAAGUAUUGACUCGUUGGAAAAGGUUACAAAAGAAUUUAAGUCUAAUAGUUUCUUUACAAGCUAUUGAAAAAGUUACUUAAUAAAAAUGCUAGCCAAACUCUAACUAAGUCAAUAUAGAUUUAGAUCCAUUAAUAAAGACAAAAAGUGAUAUUAUCAAAACAAAGCUAUCUAAUAUCAAUAAAUAAUCAUCUAAACGUUCUACCCUUUAUGAGCUAUCUAAAUUCAAAGACCUAACUCCAGGUAUUAUCAAAUUAGAAAGAGAGUAAAGUGAAACCCCUUUUCAGAAAUAUCUUGAACUGAUAGAUAUACCAAAAAAGGAUAGGAUUGGUUAAAAUUUAGAGGAAAUGAUUUUAUAGUAAGGAGUAAAUUCAGAUGAAUUAAAUUUUAAAUCAGAAAUUUUCUCAAAUUAUGGAUAAAAAAAAAUAGUUGAUGAGGUUUACGAUGCAAGAUUUAAUAGAAAGAAAAAUUAUGAUUCAUUUUAAUAGUUUUAAUCCAGCUCAGGGAUUAAUUGAAUUUAAUGAUUAAUCAAUAAAAUAAUUUUCUUUCUUAAUUUUUCA